UCCUCCUACAAGUACUUGAAAGAGCAAUAUUCAGUGCAGUCAUUCAUUCAUCAUCAAGGUCUUCAUCCACAAUUUGGUGAUCUGGCAACCAAAAAUAUACACUUCUCUCUCGUCGCCGCUUCGAACUUGUUCGUUUCAACUGUAAAUAUAUUUUGUUGUCCUUGCGGCGACGAUGGAGGACCUUGGCUCGACAGUUUCCUCCCACACUGAAUUUUUCUUAGCAGAGAUGGUGCAAUUGGAGAAUAUAUACAAGGAGAUGGGAGAAAAAUCUCUGUCUCUGGAGUUCUGCCAAGGGCUUGCAAACAGUUUUAGUUCCUCAUUGAUCCGUGCUGGAAAAGAUCCAAUAUGUUGUGAACAGGUGCGAGAUUGGUUCCGAAACAAACAGAAAGAGCCAAAAGCCGAAGUACCUUCACCAGCCAAUUCGCCGAAACUUGUUGGUUCUUCUGAUGCAUCUACUAUUACUGAUGAACUUGAAACUUGUCCGAACCCAAAAGAUGUGAGAGUUCCUGAUAUUUCAGAAUUGGCUUUUGAAGCUAGAUCAUCAAAGGACGCAGCAUGGUAUGAUGUUGAGUCAUUUGUUUCCUACAGAGUUGUCAACAGUACUGGUGAACUUGAAGUACGUGUACGAUAUGCCGGAUUCAGUAAAAAUCAGGAUGAAUGGGUGAAUGUGAAAGAGUCAAUUCGUGAGCGAUCGAUCCCAUUAGUACCUUCUGAGUGUGACAAGGUGAAGGAAGGAGAUCUUAUGCUAUGCUUCCAGGAAAGAUAUGAUUAUGCUGUCUAUUGUGAUGCUCGUGUUGUUAAAAUCCAAAGAAGGCCUCACGAUCAGACAGACUGUAGAUGCAUCUUCCUCGUCCGAUACAGCCAUGAUAAUUCUGAGCAGGAGGUAGUUCAGUGGAACAGGCUAUGCCGGAGACCGGCACUCCAGCAGCCUGUUGUCUCCAUUAAUCCCAUAGCUGAUCUGUGGGGAUGAGGAACAGCUGAUUGCAGUCUUGAGGAUCCCAAAAAGGGUCGAAGCUCCCUGCUUUCUGGGCAAAUGUGUUAUUUAUUCUGUUAGUUUGGCUAAAAAGAAGUGUACUGCUAUUAAUUUGGUUAAACUAUAUUUUUUAUGUAGCUAUUUGACAUCCAUCAUAAGGUUAGAUUCGAGCAAUAUCGGCUCAAGCAGAAGUAGCUUUUGUAAAUGUGUUUUCUGCGUUCGCAGUCACACGAGCUCGAACUUAAGACCUUGUACUUCAACCGUUGUAGUUUUAGUCAACUUUUAAUUUUAACUUGAUUUCUGUGA